UCAUCAUUCAUCUCAGCAGCUCAGCGUACUAAACUGCGCACUUGCUCAGCUUCCUGUCCCUCGCUUUUGUGCAUCGCUAUGAGCGACGCAUUUGAUGUGUCCUUCGACGACGAAGCCGACUUUCUCGCUGCGACAGAAGCCGUCGAGAAUGGGAAGCGGAGGCGAGAAGAUGAAGUUGGGAUUAAUUCACACAAGAAGGCCAAAACCGAGCUGUCGCCUUCUACCGUCCUCGCCAAUAGAGUGCUGAAUGAGCGUUUCGGCCUCGACAGCUUCCGCCUCAAACAAGAAGCCGCCAUCACCCGGCUGCUGGAUGGCGGCAGCGCGACAAUCGUAUUUCCUACCGGGGCUGGAAAGAGCCUUUGCUACCAGGUGCCCGCAGUUGCCUUCAGGAUCCAGGACGAGCUUUCCGGCAGCCGCAGCCCUGAAAACAGCGGCAUCACAUUGGUCAUCUCACCUCUGAUCGCAUUGAUGAAAGAUCAAGUGGAUGCGCUUCUGCGACGUGGCGUCAAGGCAGCUGUGCUCAAUUCUUCCGUCUCCCGGGACCAGUACCUGGCCACUCAAGAAGAUCUCCGUCAUGGGCGCCUAGACUUACUGUACUGUGCACCAGAGCGACUUAACAGCGAAGGAUUCAUUGCAUCUCUGAAAGCCAUUCCAGGCGGCAUUCGACUUCUUGCGGUGGACGAGGCGCAUUGCAUAUCAGAGUGGGGGCAUUCCUUCCGGCCGGACUAUCUCAAGAUCUCUCGUUUCGCGCAAGAGGCCCAAGUCGAGAGAGUGGUAUGCCUCACCGCCACCGCCACGCCCAAAGUCGCGCAGGACAUUUGCGACGCCUUCUCGAUCCCAAAGGGAGGCCUCUUCACAACAACCGUCUAUAGGCCCAACUUACGAUUGCUUGCUCAAUCAAGCACGAAGGCGACCGACGAUGUGGGGAGGCUAGUUGCACAUCUCCGCGAGCACCCCGGUCCCACAAUUGUCUAUGUCACCAUUCAGAAGGGAGCGGAGAAGCUUGCUGAGGAGCUCCAAAAGCGCGGAUUCCCGGCCAAACCGUACCAUGCCGGUAUGAGCAGCGAUGUUCGGACGAAGACUCAAGAUGAGUUUCUGGCUAGCUCCAACAUGAUCGUUGUGGCCACCAUCGCAUUUGGCAUGGGUAUCGACAAGCCCGAUAUCCGAAACAUCAUUCACUUUGACAUCCCUAGCAGCAUCGAGGCCUACAGCCAGCAAAUUGGUCGAGCUGGGCGCGAUGGAAGGCCCAGCGUGUGUGUCUUCAACCUCUCUAGCAAAGACUUCUACCUGCGAAACAUAUUCACAUACGGUGAUAGACCCUCAGAGAGAUCCUUAAAGCUCCUCCUUGAAGACAUUUGCUCGCCGAACAGAAGAGACUUGAAACCUGGGGACACGUUCACGGUCUCGUUGUAUCAGCAGGCGAGGGAUGUUGACAUCAACCAGACGAUCCUCAGUAUUAUUUACGCCCAAUUGGAGUUACACUUCAAGCUCUUCCGAGCGGCUGGCCAUCUGUACAACGAGUACAAGUAUAUUUCGAAGGACCCGCGAAUGAUGUCGAAUGACAAAUCGAAUGCAGCUCGUGCUAUUGCUAGGGCUUCGGUCAAAGCCUCCAAGUGGACUUACAUAGCUCUCGACCAGCUCUCUGACACAUCAGGUAUUCCACGGGCCGACCUCGUGAGGAAAAUUGACGAGUGGAACGAGCGCGGGUAUAUUCAACUUGAAAAGAAAGGAGUCCAAAGCAUAUUCCGACUCGAGAGGCCUUUGCCAAUCGCCCAGGAAGAGAUUGAUGGCAUGAUAAAGCAGCUCGACGCAAGCAUGGAAGCCAAGGAGAAGCAGGAUCUCGAGCGCACCAAAGCCUUGAUCGACCUCAUUACCGACAAAGAGUGCUUCUCUCGGGCGCUAGCCACGUACUUCGGUGAGACGUCGGAUGGGAUGCCGGAGGAAUGUGGUCAUUGCACAUGGUGUGAGACGCAUGAGCAAGCCUUUCUCCCCGACGAGCCACCGCAACCACCUGAUCCGGCGAAAGUCCGGAAGCUCCUGGACAGAGUACAAGUGCGCGACGACCCGAGGUUCCUCGCAAAAGUCGCGUUCGGCAUUAGGAGUCCGAGGAUGGGGGAAAUGAAAAUCUACAGCAGCGGAGUCUUCGAGUCCAUGAAUGUGUGCGAUUUCACGGAGCUACUAAAGAUUUUCACGGAGGAGUGCUCGCGGGCGUAGAUUGGCCUACACGAGUGUAUUGGGCUUUCUGGCGUCCGUCGACGCAUUUUGGGAAGCAUUUUGGAGAAGAUGCCCGGCUGGUUGCGAACGAAACUUGGGAGGGUACGAGACAUCGCCUCAUUGAUAGAGAAUUAGCGAUGUUAUAUACACAUGCUAUUUUGGAG